CUCGUCUCUCCUCCUCGUGCGGAUACAUUUGAAGCUUUUGGCUUCGAUGCGCUCGGUCGAAGUCCUCGUCGAGCGCGUGGAACGAUGCUGGUGAAGUUAGAAAGUAAUGAGCGACGAUGCUGAAGCCGCCGGGAAGCCCGCUUUGUUCGGAGGAGGCUUUUGUGCCGCUGUCAUCCCGUGCUGCUUUGUCUUCACUUGGCCCGCGCACAGCCGCCGUGACCAGCCCUGUGGUGCGUCAGUGUUGGACUGCAACCAGCAGCACGGGGUCAGCGCCAUGAGUCUGUAUGGGGCCGGCACCAACAGCAGUACUGUUGGGAGCGCCAGAGGAGGAGGAAGACCAGACUUUUACCAUGAGCAACGGCAGCGCUCCAGCGACCGAUCGCGGGACUCCUCCCACGAGCAAGGAGAAAGCCAGCUGACCCCCUGCAUCAGGAAUGUUACAUCUCCUACACGGCAGCAUGACCGUGAACGUGGUGAUGGAGGCUCUUCUUCCAGAUCCUCCAGCCCUCGUCCUCCCAGAGUUUCUCUUUCCUAUUCCCAAAUGGGAGGGGCUCUUGUCAGUGGACAUGUGACUCGUUCUCUGGGUCCUACCGUAGCUGACCUGCACUCUGUGACCCAGAACCUGGGCCAAGGGUCAUGUGACAUGAUUUACGUAUAUGACCUUGGCAGUAAAGAUGGCCAUCGCGCCGGGCAACGGGUGGGAGAGCGUGUGACGCUUAAUGUGGACAACACAAGAUUUGUGGUGGAUCCCGCCAUCUUCACAGCUCAACCCAACACUAUGCUGGGGAGGAUGUUUGGUUCUGGUCGGGACAAUAAUUUCACACGACCAAAUGAAAAAGGAGAGUUUGAGGUGGCCGACGGCAUCAGCUCAACUGUAUUCAGAGCAAUUCUGGAUUACUACAAGUCGGGAAUAAUCCGCUGCCCUGAUGGCGUUUCCAUUCCCGAGCUGAGGGAGGCGUGUGACUACCUCUGCAUCUCCUUCAACUACAGCACCAUCAAGUGCAGAGACCUCAGUGCACUGAUGCACGAACUGUCAAACGACGGGGCGAGGCGUCAGUUUGAGUGUUACCUGGAGGAGAUGGUGCUGCCGCUGAUGGUGGCCAGUGCUCAGAGUGGAGAGAGGGAGUGUCACGUGGUGGUGCUCACCGAUGAUGAUGUGGUGGACUGGGAUGAAGAGUACCCGCCCCAGAUGGGAGAAGAGUACUCACAGAUCAUCUACAGCACCAAACUUUACCGCUUCUUCAAGUACAUCGAGAACAGAGACGUGGCAAAAACUGUGCUGAAGGACCGAGGACUGAAAAAGAUCCGACUGGGCAUCGAAGGCUACCCUACUUACAAAGAGAAGGUGAAGCGGCGCCCUGGAGGUCGUCCGGAGGUAAUUUAUAACUAUGUGCAGCGUCCGUUUAUCCGAAUGUCCUGGGAGAAGGAAGAAGGGAAAAGUCGCCACGUGGACUUCCAGUGCGUAAAGUCCAAAUCUAUCACAAAUCUGGCGGCAGCCGCUGCUGAUAUUCCCCAGGACCAGCUCGUGGUCAUGCACACACCGGGACCUCAAGUAGAUGAGCUGGACACACUGCCGGGGCAUCAGCCGCCGCCGCCGCCAAGUUUUCACGACUCCCACCAAUCACUGCAGGGACAGGAGGGCGCCGCCCCCCAGCUAGCACAGGGCUACGAUGGCCCCAACCAGCAGGCUCAGGACAGCCUAGGUCAGGCCGCACAGGGUCCGGCCCACAGCAACCAGCAGCACAGCAGACGUGCUCUGACUGCGUACUGCUAUGAACCCGAUCCCGACACCCCCUCUGCAUGAGCCCCACUCUGAACCUCCUCACCUGCUGUCACAGCACACAGUCCGUUGCAGUGCGGCGUGGACGAGGCUGCGUUCGUUCAGUGUCAGUCACAUGACCUGACACAGCGCAGAGCCGGCAGUAGCAACCAGGUAGUGCAGCUGACCGGGGAAGAAUCAGGAAGCGGCAGCUUUCUGCACCGACGCACUGAGUGGAGUGGCAACGCAUCACCUUUUUCCACACACGGAGGCAACUACGUUUGUAGAAGACAGUUAGUGGCAGAGCGUCGACCUUCAUUCGAGUUUUUGUAACAUUUGUUCACACAUUACUGAAUGUGUCUCUGAGGUCAAUGAUCAGGUGAUCUCCUCCGUUCUCUGUGCUGCACUGCGCGUCUUCUGUGGUUACUGCACGCAUUUAUGAAAAAUUAGCCAUCGGCCCGCUGGAACAUGUUCGUGUUGUGAUGUCAGGAGAUGGAAUGAGGUCAUCAGAUCACUCCCGCAGCUUUGGCACAGAGGUGCGACGCACCAGCAACAGCACAGAGUGCAAAGUCACAAAUGUAAAAAAAAAACUUUUGGAUGGCACUUUUCACACCAAAAAAAAAAAAAA